AUGGAUAUUCGAGCUUCGAAUGGUGGCCUGGGCCUCGCUCAAAACACAACAACUUGCCCUUACGAAGAGAAGGUCGUCACCGACCCAACGACUGCUCGCAUUGUUCUCACAUUUCUGCGCGAGUUUGUUGAGCAGAAGAUAAUCUACUCGCACAGCUCACAGGGCUACUACUGCCCAAUGACAAAGUGCGAAUCCUCGUUCACAGAGCCCCUGUUACUUAUCCAGCACCUAUUUACGUGUCCGGAGCUCGGAAGGGGCGAGUUUGAGUGUUGGAAAUGCUGCAGCUGGCACCGCUUCCCUACGACGGAGAAGGAGUGGACUGAAUGGGCAGGCUGGAAGUCGACAGCAGUAGGCUUUCAAAGGAAACGGAGCCUUGGAUCGAAGAUGAAAGAAACAUUGACAGAUACCCUUACGCUUCGUCGACGAAACUCGAAUCGCAGAUUCUCAGUGUCCAGUGCUGGCCCUGUGGGAAAUGCCGGCCUGGAUCAGACGCCCAAUCCAACGUCCACAUCCUCGAUGAUUUCAUCUCCAACCUUGACCGGCACAACAGCUGAUAUGGACGGCAUCGCCUCGACCAUCCACCACUCGGGAAAAUUUCUAGCUUCGACGGAUGCCUGUGAAUGGAAUCAAUUUCUCGGCCUAGACCAAGCACAGAUGCUCUCGCCUCGUUCAAUACAAGAGUUGCAGACGGCGUACAGAGUUGACCAGCAGAUGGUGCCCACAUUUUCACAUCCCCCAGGAGCAAACCUUGGGCUCGACUCUACACCUGGGACUGCAAAUGCAUCGGGGUAUACGUGCACAUUCGACGAAGGAUGUUUUGUCACGAGCGAGCACCACCACCACCACCAUGGAAUCGGUGUGAAGCCGGGGUCAGGAGCGGGAAUAUCUACAAUGGCUGCUGCCUGCUCAUGUGACAGCUUCGGCAAUGCAGGAGCACGACACAAGCAACAUUUCCUCUACCCGGCCAUCGACAACGUUUGA